GGCCUCAGCCUGACUCUACGUAAACGACCCUCCCAAGAGUUGAGGGUAACCCAGGCAGAUGCGCUAUUCGGGCCGUCCACAGUCCGCUGCUUGUGAAGAGGUAUAUAGUGACAGCCCUAAGGAGCUGUGGCGGUCCCCUAGCUCUUGACUUAGGUUGUUGCCACUUGCUGCCAACUAGGUGUGGGCAAGUCUCAAAGAAACGGAAAGGGCGCUGCAAUGGACCGAGCCUCGGCAAGGGCCCUGCUGGAUGAAAACCUGCAGUCCCCUGAACUCUGCAGCAAAGACUCAGUGCGCAGACUUGUUGAACGCACCUUUCAGCGAGCGGAUGUAGAUGUGUCAGCCAGAGGUCCGCUGUCUGAGCAGGACAUGUUAGCAGACUCUGCAGAUUGCGACAACCGGUCUGCAGAGGUUUGGGGUCUCUUGGACACGCUGAGGGGUGCGGGGGAAACGGUCGUUGUGGCACACGAUGGCCUCCAUGACGGCGGCAAAUCUGUGACAAGAAAGUGGAAACUGAAACAUGACAACGGCCAGAUGCGGGUGCUGUACCGACGAGGGCCGGAGGGAACACCCUUUCACACCAUUUGUCUAGAAGGGCUCAUUGAUGGCCCUAUGACGACAGCGCUCUGCGUUUUGUGGGAGGUCAACAGCGCAAAGGACCUGUAUCCCCAGUACACGGAGUCAAAGUGGCUUGAGCAGCCAACACCGGGGCAAGGCGUGCUGGUCGUCAGGUUAAGAACUCCGUGGCCCUUUGAACCCCGAGAGACCCUUCUUGAGGUGUACACCGUGCCGUGCUUUGAGAAGGGCCUCGUGAUCGUAGUGCUGAGAACGCCCCCGCCGGGUCCCUCCCCCCUCUCGCGAGAGGGCCCUCCCAUUCCCCCCGUAGAGAAAGGCGUGACGAGAAUGGACGUACGGGGGGGCUACAUCUUCCAGCAAAUCUCCCCCUCGAAAUGCUACUUUCGGACGAUCUUCGACAUGGAUAUGAAACUGGCAAUGGUGCCGGCCUGGAUCAUCAACCUGCUGGCCCGCCAGUUUGGGAGCCACGCCAUCAAAGUCUUUGACAAGGUGGUCAAAGAUGUGGACGGGCGAAAGAACGCGCAAUACGUCGAGACUUUCACUCGCCUCCUCUCGACCGACCGCUUCCUCCAAAACGUAAGGGACGGCCUUUCCGAGUACAAGCCGCCUGAAUCGACGUAGUAAGAUCAGCGGCCUGGGGGCUUAACUUAUAAGAUUAGGAUGACGUCAGCAGCGGGUCGUACGGAUGUGGGCAAGGUAUACCCGCAGCGCAGAAGAAGAGGAGUGGGGGCGAGAAGAUUACCUGGAGGAGCUACUCCCCUUUGGAUUCCGUCAAACUGGUAGACACAUACAAUCAUCUACGUCAAAGCGUUCCCAAGAAUGUCUGUAGAGUCGUCCUGAUAAAUCAGAUUACAAUCUUUUGUUGGACACUUCGAUCAGCAAAAGCUGAUUUAGCACGUACAUUAGUGAAGAGUCGUAUAAGGUCCCGUCAGUAAAACGUGGUUCAGUAGAUAUACAAUAAGUCUAAGCAAGUAAACUUACCGUUGAUAAUUUGCAUGAAUCUGAUAAUUGCUUAGAGUGGACUAGCUUUUGAAUUCAUAGCUUUUACGGAUUCGCGUCGGAUGGGCCGCGCGCUAGCCGCCUGGGCUUUUAGGAUACUAACCAAACAGUUCAGCUUGUGACGCGCAAGUAACCGUCCGGACGGUCGCAUGCAAGCGCGGCCAGGACUCUGAGACAUACUAAAUUUCGAUUUCAAGCAUGACUCGAUCAAGC